GAGGGGAGUGGAACCUCAACCCAGCACAUUAUCGUGAUAGAGUCUGCAGAUGCAGAGGCUACAGGUCCUGGGGUCAAGCUGGAGAAGACUGAAGGAGAGGUGYAACCACGGCAAAGCAGAGACAUCCAGACUGGAGCGCCCCCUGUAGCCACAAAGGACCCCACCAUCGCCCCAGCGCCGCCCAGGACCCGACGUAGCAUCACAGAGGAGGAGGAGGGUCCAGAGGUGCUGCUGGUGAAGGAGGAGGAGGGUCCAGAGCUGAUGAGGGUCUUGGGGAACAUGGUCAUGGAGGACAACAAGACUUCAAUCUAGUACAGGCUGAAUGAACAACAGAGACAGAAUGCAAUAUGACAUUUCAUUAAAUUGUUUGGGGAAUGGUCUCGUCUCCAAGGGAAGAUCCUCUGAGCCAGAUGAUGUUAUGGCAGUCAGUAGACAUGGAGGAUGGGAAGCCUGAUCUGCUGCUGGUCAAAGAGGAGACCAUAGAAGAUGGACCAGAGAGCAUUAACCUGCUGAGUGGACUAAAGAUGGGGGAGCAAGGUGAUUGGCUGGAGGCUAACAGUGGAGACUGGGUGACUAUCUUGGAUUCUCAGACCCAGACGGAAACAGCCAAGGGCCCAGGGAAUGACAUCAACAAGCUGGUCUGGACCAGAGGCGACAUAGUGGCGGCCAGUGGAUUGGACAGRGUCCUCAACUCUGGGCUAGGGAACAACAGUGUUCAACACAACCAGAAACCGACAGUUGAACACAAAACAUCCGAACUUAGUCUCCAUGACAACAGACUGGCUSACACCAGGGCGAGGCGUAGAUUUGGUCCGCGGGGACGGGGAGGUGUCCGUAUGAGAACAGACAUAGACUUGGCUAGCUAUUCUCCGUCCUGCUCCUAUAGUUGUGAUUCAGAAAGACAGAUGGCACCUCAGCUUAACCACCUAACAGAAUGCAGGCUGAAGGCAGCACCUAUAGGAUCUAUCAACUGGAACAUGGACCCUGCGACAACACCGACACUCCCUGGCCUUCGUCCUCCUCACACUCUSCUGUUAAACCAMACCUCAGACAAUGCCAGUGCCUCAACACUAAAUGGCAACACAAGCCCAUUGACAAAUGACAGUAGUAGUAAUGCUAUCAGUAGAUCCAGUGGCAAAGAGAAGCGCUUCCCGUGUUCGUUCUGUGGGAAAGCCUUCAGUUUCCCCAAACAGAUGGAGAUCCACCAGAGGAUGCACACGGGGGAGAAACCAUUUGGCUGCCAGCUGUGCCGGGCCAGUUUCUCUCAAUCCUCCAACCUGAAGAGGCACCAGAGAGUCCACACAGGGGAGAAACCCUACAGCUGCCCCCAGUGUGAGAAGAGAUUCUCCCGCCAGCACCAGCUGAAGAUGCACCUGAAGGUCCACACGGGGGAGAGACCCUUCAGUUGUACCCAGUGUCACAUGCACUUUGCCCAGGCUGGUGACCUGAAGAGGCACCAGAGGAUCCACACAGGGGAGAAACCCUACAGCUGCCCCCAGUGUGAGAAGAGGUUCUCCCGCCAGGACCACCUGAAGAUGCACCUGAAGGUCCACACGGGAGAGCUGUCAAAUGAAAUCAACACGUGCAAAAUAAGCAAAAGGAACAGCAGUCGUCCCAGUAGUGURAAGAUUCACMACCGAAACAGCGGAAUGGCAAGAGGUGAAGGAUAUCUCACUGGAGGCGACAGGAGCUUUGUGAAGCCAGCGGGACAUAACGUGUGGAGAGAUGACCAAAGCAUAGCAAUUGAGUCUGCAGAUGCAGAGGCUGCAGGUCCUGAAGGAUUGUCUCCGGUCAAGCAGGAGAGAACUGAAGGAGAGGAGGACCCACAACACAGCAGAGACAUUCAGACUGGAGCAGCGGCUGGAGUGGCGCCACCUGUAGCCACAGAGGACCUUGCGACUGCUGCCGCGCCCCAGCCCAGGACCCAACGCAGAAUCACGGAGGUCAGUGGAAUGCCGAACGCCGUCCUCAAGUCAGAGACAGACACCGAGACUUUAACUGUAACACAAAGGCUCUUACACACAGGAUCUGACCACAGAUCAGACCCAGAGAGACUGGGGCAGGGGCCACUGGGCUGUCCUGCUCCCGGCUCAGAGUAUUUACUUUACGGUAACCCAAGCCCGAGGAUGGUUCAUUCCCAUCUGYACUUGGGUGAUGCGUCAGAGACUGUCAAUGAUCCGUCUUGUUUUUACACUACAGAGAUGGGCCCUGGCAACAUGCCCUUGGGUUUAGAGACKCAGACUGAUCUGUCUAGAGCGGAAUGGAACCMGUACAGUAGUAGUGUAUACUCUGAAGGGAGCCAAGAUAAGAAAGGGGAGGCUAUAGUGGUAGAUGAGGUGACUGUGAAAGUGGAGGGUGACGCUCCUCCCACCUGGAAUGCAGAUCGUCUCCUAGGAGACGGACACUCACAGGGCAGAGUUUUCUUAGAUUACAGGGGAAGCUUAGAGACAAAUCUAAAUGGCGCCACCCACUCCCCUUUACAUGCAUUCAGGGAUCGCGACCCAGUGUCCACAUCAACGACACCUUCCGAUUCACAAGGCUGUGUUCUUUUCGAUCAGGUAUUGAACUCAAAUGACCAAAGGGCCAAGGCUCGGGGAGGGGGAGCAACAUCAGGCAAUAGUAAAGAGAAACGGUUCCUCUGCAUGUUCUGUAACAAAGGCUUCAGCUGCCCCCAGAAAGUGGAGAUCCACCAGAGAGUCCACACAGGGGUGAAACCCUUCAGCUGUACCCAGUGUCACAUGAGCUUCGCCCAGGCUGGUGACCUGAAGAGGCACCAGAGGGUCCACACAGGGGAGAAACCCUUCAGCUGCCCCCAGUGUGAGAAGAGGUUCUCUCAGGCUGGUGACCUGAAGAGGCACCAGAGGGUCCACACAGGGGAGAAACCCUACAGUUGUACCCAGUGUCACAUGCGCUUCGCCCUGGCUGGCAACCUGAAGAUGCACUUGAAGGUCCACACGGGAGAGAGGCCGUUCGCCUGUAGGCAUUGCGGGAAGAGGUUCUCAGAGAGGAGCUACCUCAGGAUACACCAGCAGAAAAACCAUUCCACUCUGUAAAUUAGAAAAUAAUUUCACUCUAGCUUCUGACAUUUAGAUCAAACCCUGCAUUAACCCCCCAGCGUGAGUUUUUUUUGUUAUGCGCGUGAUGUCAGAAUGCACUCACUAGCUAGGUUUCCAUACCAAUUGGC